AUGUCCGACCAAUUUGCUCAAAUGGCUGACAUUCCUCGCGAGUUCUUAAGGGAUGGAACCCUUUUCAUCAACCGAUGCACCAAGCGUAUGCCUCUCGCAAUGACAUAUUGAUCUUUGAGCUUGUGCGCUAAUCAUCCUACAACCCAUAGCGGACAAGAGAGAGUUUAUCAAGAUCUCGCAAGCUGUUGGUAUCGGUUUCGUCAUUAUGGGAGUUAUCGGAUUCAUCGUAAAGCUCAGUAAGGCUAUCAAUCCUUCAACAUGCAGCUCAAUACACUUUUACUAACCGAAUCGCCUCCCAGUCCAUAUCCCAGUCAACAAUAUUUUAGUGUACGCAUCCCUCCCUCCCUACUCUCGACACACCUGCCACCAACAAUGCUGUUUUGAUCGCUAUCGUUUAUAACAUUACUGACCGACCUAUUUUUACAGCGGUGCUGCGUAAGUAAUUGAUGAGGUUUUGUGGGGUACCUAGAAGAGUCUCUGGUGCGUGCUUGAAGAGGCCGAUUGUGUGAUGAGGCAAAAAUGUCUACUUUGUGGGAUGGAGUCUGCGGUUUCGUUUCUGUUCCCUAGAACUACUUUAUUGUACUGUACGAUACUCGGGUUGGGGUCCAUUAUUCUCACGGUCUAUAUCAUAGCUGAAAAAGAAAAAAAAACCGCUUCCAGUGUGUCCUCCAUCACUUGUUGGUUUGGAACCAGGCUAUGUUUCG